UCUCCGCAACAGGGUUUGUGUGAGUGUUAGCAGAAACGGCGGCUGACCUGCAGCAUGGCGGUGGCUGUGCGAGCUUUACAGGACCAGCUCGAGAAAGCGAAAGAGUGUUUAAAGAAUGUGGACGAGAACAUAAAGAAAUUAACAGGCCGGGACCCGAAUGAGUUACGGCCCGGUCAGACCAGACGCCUUUCCGUCCCAGGCCCAGGUGGACCAGGAGGUGGAGGUAGAGGCAGAGGAAUCAACAUACUGAGGCGUGGACUCUCCGAUGGAGGUGGAGGACCCCCAGCCAAACAGAGGGAUGUUGAAGGGGCACUCUUGAGGCUGGCAGGGGAUCAGCGAGCCAGGAGAGAUUCACGCCAUGACAGCGACGCUGAGGAAGAGGAUGAUGUCAAAAAACCAGCGUUGCAGUCAUCAGUCGUUGCUACCUCCAAGGAGCGCACACGUCGAGAUCUGAUCCAAGAUCAGACUAUGGAUGAGAAAGGGAAACAAAGAAAUCGUCGUAUGUUUGGUCUGUUGAUGGGAACGUUACAGAAAUUUAAGCAGGAGUCGACGGUGUCCACAGAGAGGUUUAAAAGACGGCAGGAAAUUGAGCAAAAGCUGGAAGUUCAGGCGGAACAGGAGCGCAAGAAGGUGGAGAGUGAGAGACGCGAGCUGUUUGAGGAGAGACGAGCCAAGCAGACGGAGCUCAGACUUCUGGAGCAUAAAGUGGAGCUGGCUCAGCUGCAAGAGGAAUGGAAUGCCCACAAUGUCAAGAUUAUCAAAUUCAUUCGGACAAAGACCAAACCGCCGCUGCUUUACCUGCCGGGUCGCAUGUGUUCAGCCACGCAGAAGCUCCUGGACGAGUCUCAGAAAAAAAUGAACGCCAUGUUUGAUGAGAGGCGCGAGGCUUUCGCCGAGCACCUGAACAAGAUGGAGGCUCGUCCGAGGCGUCAGUCUCAGCGCGCCGGAAAAAAGGAAACGGAAAACCCCGAAGGGCCGAAGAAAGAAGAGGAAAAUGAAGAGGAGGGUAAGCAGAAGGAAAGGUUGACAGGUAAACGACACGAUGUAGAGAUGGAGGAGGAGGAGGAUGAUGAGGAGGAAAUAGAGGAGAGAGAGGAGAGUUCAGAGGUCAGGGAGAUAGAGGGGGAGGGAGAGGGGGAGCAGAUCCAGAAGCAGGAAGAAGCGAUGGAGAAAGAUGAGGAGAAGGGAGAGAAGGAUGAGGAAGAGGAGGAAAAGGUGGUGGUGGAGGCAGCAGCAGCAGUGGAGGAGGAUAGAGAGAGAGAGGUAGAGGUGAAGAUGGAGGUCGAGAUGGUAGUGAAGGAUUUAGACGGAGAGCAAAAAGAACAGCAGCAGCAAGGAGAGCAGGAAAAGAGUCCAGAGGGAGACGAGGUAGGUGGAGGCAUGGAGGAGGAGAAAAAGAAAGAGGAAGAGAAGGAGAGCUGUCAGGAAGACAAGUUAGAGUCCCUGAAAAUCCCAGAGAACAACAUGGAAGUCCAAGUCGAGGAAUCUAAAGAGAUCCCUGUUGAAGUUCCUUCACAACCUGAAACUCAAACCGACAGCACAGAGCCUGGGGUAGUGCUCGAGUCCCAAACACACGAAGAACCACCACCAGAACACUCGAAGCAGUUACAGGAAGUAUUCACGGAGCCUCAGGGAACAAAGAAUCCCGAGGAGGAAGUGGAAGAGACACGAGGUCGAGUGAAAACAAGGACGUCAGGGAGCGGAAGCCGGAAGAGCAGCAGCAGCUCCUCCUCGAGCUCCUCUUCCAGUUCCUCGUCCAGCGGCUCUAGCUCUUCAUCCAGCAGCUCCAGCAGCUCUUCGUCCGCUUCGUCUUCCUCCUCAUCUAGCUCUCGGUCACGCAGCCGCAGCAGAGAGCGGCGCAGGAGGAAUUCAGACCGGAGGAAGAGCGACCGGAGUCAGAAAACCAGUAAAAGCAGCAGCGGGCACAGGGAGAGGAAGGAGAGAUCCAAGGAGAAGGACAGGAAGAGGAUGAGUUCGGAUGCAAGCCGGUCAGGAAAACGGCCUUCACGCAGCGAGCGGGAACGCAAGUCGGACCGCAAAGAGAAAAGGCGCUAAAGAAAAAGAGCAAAAAUUUGUGCUUUCAUUUUUUUUUUUUUUUGUAUGCAAGAGAAGAUGAAACUGUCUUAAUGUGACUUCCUGCUCUUUUAAAAUUAAGAUCUGAUCUUUGUUUUGUUAUAAAUAUUUUUUUUUUUACAUUCAUCGAUCACUUCCUGUGCUUGCUGUCUUUAUUUUUAGCUUUUCUAAACGUUGAUUUUAAUCUCAUAUUGGACACGUUCGAUCCUCAGCCCCGUUAUCUGAUACUCAACUCCUAGAAAAAGCAAAAAUCAGCCAUGAGAAGUUUUUUUGGUAUGGAACGUGAGCGUCUUUGACCUCGGUGUUGUCGGUUGUCAUGUCACGUUCAUACGGUAGAGUAGUGAUCUUGUUUCGGCUGCUUGCGCAUUACAGAUGUUUUCAGUUCAUCUCUGUAAAUGUCAGGAGUCCACUGUGCCGAGUGAAGCGCAGCAUCCCUGAUUUUUCGGCGCGAGUUGCCGAACUUUCGUAUAAAUGAAGCGUGAUCUUAUUUUAAGGAGAAAGUUGAAUAAAAUGUAAAAGAA